UGCAAGACUGACAGUUGAUUUCGCGAGGAGUCGGCCGCUACAUGGUAAAUUUUCGUCUCGUAUCCGCGUGUUUGACUGACUGGCGAACCUGUUGCAUUUUCACGGUCAGCCUAGCCUAGCUACCGGUAUUCGAGUGCAGUGACUUUGGUGGUAAUUAGUAUGUUUUAAAUAAUGUCAGACUCGCAGGAAUUUGAAAAUAAGAUGGACGUUAACGCAUCUAGUACUUCCGUGACUCCAAGAACACCUCCGAAUUGCGCUAGGUGUCGGAAUCACCGAAAAAAAGUCGCGCUAAAGGGACAUAAGCGCUAUUGUCCAUAUCGCUUGUGCAAGUGCGAAAAGUGCAGGUUAACCACAGAACGACAACGAGUUAUGGCUAUGCAGACAGCGCUCAGAAGAGCACAAGCUCAGGACGAGGCCAUGUUAAGGAGCACUUCCACAAAUCCAGACGACAUGAAUAUGAUUCCUUUGGCUCAACACAGCCCACCUCAAAUUACCUCCAUGAAGCGACACGUAGACUGUGAUUCUUCCGAUUCAGAUCAACCUCCAUGUAAGCUAGUGAAGAUGACAUCUACUCCUUUAGCGCAACAAAGUCCUCCUAUUAUAAGUCCAUUAAAACGGCGUUUACCAGAUUGUGAUUAUUCUUCUUCCUCUCAUUGUGCUGAUCAAAACUCCAAUAAGGCCAUGAAGUUAACUCCAAACAGUGAAAUUCCUUCCACCACUGUUAACAUCAGUUCAAUGAGCGAGUGUCACUCAUCUUAUUCUGAAUUUAAUAGAGAACACCAAAGUUCAGACCUUCUAGAAGACUGCCAAAAAUUACUAGAAAGGUUUAAGUACCCCUGGGAAAUGAUGCCGUUAAUGUAUGCCAUCCUCAAAGAUGCGAGGGCGGAUCUGGAAGAGGCAUCACGGAGAAUAGAUGAAGGUCAGACCAUAGAAACUCUUCUAAACUUAUGUCAACGGGUGAAGGAUUCCUUCCAAUUAUCCUGGAGGAUGAUCUCGUUAGUGGGCGUCGUCUUAAAAUAUUCCAAAAAAAAUCAAGAUGAAGCUUUUAGUAAAAUAGAAGAAUCUUUUCGAGAAAUACCAUCCCUCUUAGCGGCAGCAAGAUCUGUACCUAGUCUAUCACUACAAUGCAGCUACCACACCAUUCCAUAUCCAAAUAUUUACACAUCAGCGCUGUAUCAGCCCUGGUUACUGCCACCUAGUCUAUGUCAUUACCCCCAAUCGACGUUACUCACCACUGCGCCCGCAAUGUGUUCGUCGCCAGUGUCACCAAUCACCCCCACCUCACCAGUAGCCCAAUCUACUCCACAUAGGCCGGUCUCUAGCCCAAUCAGGCCGACAAGUCGAACGUGAUAAGGUAAAUAUCUGUAUCCAAGAGCUAGACUAUCUUAAUUCCAAAAAAUCACUUUAUAGUACAACAAUGUUCCCUAAGCCAUUCGCUGCCUAUCGAAGAGGAUGGAACUCAGCUAGGAGCCAUUCUGUUGAACGGCACCUGACUGAAGUAACCAUAUCACUCGCUGUAGUGAUGUUGAGUAUAGUUACUUUCGAGUAUUCGUUACAAAUCGUUACUUUUGUAUAAAGUAAUCAUUUCCAGUAUUCGUUACUUUGAUUACUGUGAUUACUUUUGUAUUUGAGUACCGGUAAUCAUAUAUCGAGAAUCAGAUUUCUCAGUAUUUCGUAUAAGUACAAAAUCCGAUAUAAAAACGACCUCCACCGAUCUAUUUGAUGGAUAGAAAUUAAAUAAUAUGUAAUCUAUUAAUUAUUAAAAACAAGUGUUGCCCGACAUAGUUUUGUCCAGACUAAUUAAUAAUAGUCCUGUCGCCAGGGGGGGUACAACGGCCUCCUGUAUUCAGAUGGACUUACCCAAGUUUUUUUUUAUGUAUUUUGACCUGUAGAACACGAAUUUUUUGGGUAACACUUGAUCCGGAUGUCGAUAAGAUUGUUAUAAAUCAAGAAGUUGAGGAAUCACAUAACAGCGAUUUCUCGCAAAACAAAACAUUUUUUUGUAUUUUUUGGGCCAUUCUAACCAAAAAAUGUUCCUACAAUUUUUUUCGUAGGAUGCAUAGUUUUCGAGAUAAAUGCGGUUGAACUUUCAAAAAAUCGAAAAAUUGCAAUUUUUGAACCCGAAUAACUUUUGAUUAAAAAAUAAAAUAGCAAUUCUGCUUACCGCAUUUGAAAGUUCAAGUCAAAUUAUAUCGGUUUUAAUUAUUUGUAUUGCUAAAAAUUUAUUAUUUUAUUGUUAAACAAAGCUAUAAACACCUAGUGCUUGAGUGAUGUUUUCAAUGAUUUCUCAUUUAAAAUCGAACGAGUAGGUAGAGGAGGUAAAAGUGCAAGCGGGGCUAUUUCUACAUAGCAUGCAUUAAAACGCAUGUAUUAGGCACGGGAAACACUAUGUGUUUAUAGCUUUUUUAACAAUCAAAAAAUAAAUUUUUAGCAAUGCAAAUAUUCAAAACAGAUAUAAUUUGACUCAAACUUUUAAAGCCGGUAAGCAGAAUUGCUAUUUUAUUUUUUAUUCAAACGUUAUUCGGGUUCAAAAAUUGCAAUUUUUCGAUUUUUUGAAAGUUC